GAGUGUGAGGUGAGCAUGCAGUAGCAGUAGUAGUAGAGCGCCCCCCUCCCUGCUGACUACACACACACAUGCUGGAGCUGUGACAGUGAAGUUUGGGCUCCUGUGUGUCUGUGCCUCCCCCUCCCCUCCCCGUGUAAUCUGCUUGCUGCAGAAGGUGGAGUCGUCCUGGCAGGGGGGGAGUCACUACUGCUGCUGUUUGAUCUGCCUGGGCUCCACAUUCACACACACUUCAUUCCCACGGAUCCAACAUUACACGCCCCCCUCCCCUUUCAGCUCUUGCCCACGCGUGGGUGAUCCCGACUUCUCAGUAGGACUGGCUGCUGCCUGGUGGAUCCAUCUGUAACCAAUGUGAAGGAAUUACCAAUAUUGUGUCUCGUCUCCGGGAUUGGAUGUGAUUGUGGUCUAUGGGCUGUGAGACCUCCACCUCCUGGGAGUAUGGGGGCUCUGGGACUGACUUGGGCACUUCUUCUGGCAACUUUCUGUGCAGGGUCUGGGCACAAUGAAGAGGACCCUCGGGAAUGCAUUUAUUAUAAUGUCAACUGGGAGAUUGAAAAAACCAACCAGAGCGGGGUGGAGAGGUGCGAUGGCGAGAAGGAUAAACGGCUUCACUGCUAUGCAUCUUGGAGGAAUAAUUCUGGUUUUAUCGAACUUGUGAAGAAAGGAUGUUGGUUGGAUGACUUCAACUGCUAUGACAGACCUCAGUGUAUAGCGAAGGAAGAGAACCCACAAGUGUUUUUCUGCUGUUGUGACGGGAACUAUUGUAAUGAGAAAUUUACUCAUCUGCCUGAUGUGGAAACCUUUGAUCCGAAGACUCAGCAAUCGGCUUCAGUGCUGAACAUACUGGUGUAUUCCCUGCUUCCCAUUGUUGUUCUAUCUAUGGCUAUACUCCUGGCCUUCUGGAUGUACCGCCAUAGGAAGCCUCCCUAUGGUCAUGUUGACAUUAAUGAGGAUCCAGGCCCGCCGCCACCAUCGCCUCUGGUUGGACUGAAGCCCCUGCAGUUAAUGGAAAUCAAGGCGCGGGGCAGGUUUGGCUGUGUUUGGAAGGCGCGACUGAUGAAUGAUUAUGUAGCGGUUAAAAUCUUUCCUAUUCAGGACAAGCAGUCUUGGCAGAGCGAGCGAGACAUUUUCAACACCCCUGGAAUGAAACAUGAAAACCUCUUACAAUUCAUUGCGGCUGAGAAAAGAGGAACAAACCUGGAGAUGGAGUUGUGGCUGAUAACUUCUUUUCAUGAGAAGGGUUCCCUGACGGACUAUCUUAAAGGAAAUAUCCUUAGCUGGAAUGAGCUGUGCCACAUAGCGGAAACCAUGUCUCGAGGCUUGGCGUAUUUACAUGAAGAUAUCCCUCGUUGUAAAGGGGAAGGCCACAAGCCGGCAAUAGCCCACAGGGAUUUUAAAAGUAAAAAUGUGUUGCUGAGAAAUGACUUGACAGCCAUCUUGGCAGAUUUUGGGUUAGCUGUUCGGUUUGAACCUGGAAAACCUCCUGGAGAUACACAUGGACAGGUUGGCACCAGGCGGUACAUGGCUCCAGAGGUGCUGGAGGGAGCAAUUAACUUCCAACGAGAUUCUUUUCUCAGGAUAGACAUGUAUGCUAUGGGACUGGUGCUCUGGGAAAUUGUAUCCAGGUGUACAGCGGCUGACGGGCCUGUCGAUGAGUACAUGUUGCCAUUUGAAGAAGAGAUUGGUCAGCAUCCAUCCUUAGAAGACCUGCAGGAAGUAGUAGUUCACAAGAAAGUGCGGCCUGCGUUCAAAGAACAAUGGUUGAAACACCCUGGUUUGGCACAGUUAUGUGUCACCAUUGAAGAGUGCUGGGACCAUGAUGCAGAGGCACGGCUCUCUGCUGGAUGCGUUGAGGAACGUAUUUCUCAGAUCCGCAAAUUAGUGAACGGCACUACCUCGGACUGCCUUGUUUCCAUUGUUACAUCUGUCACCAACGUGGACUUACCGCCCAAAGAGUCCAGUAUCUGAGUCAUUUGUUACAUUUGUCCUUCCAGACUCUUUUUAAAACACUGAAGAAAAACAAAACAAAAAAAAUAUACUGUACAAACUAAAAAAAAGGAAAAAAAAAAAAAAACACAACAAAAAACCAUACACGCAUACACAAACCCACG